AUGAACCCACCAUAUGGUACUGCGUUAAUCAUUAAUGUCCAACAUUUUCAUGGCACAACUAAAGAAGGGGUUACAUUGGAUUUACGAAGAGGUUCUCAUAUAGACUUUGAAAAUUUGAAACAAGCGUGGAAACAAUUUGGCUUCGAUGUGGUAGCAUACGAGGAUUUGAAAGCUGAUGAAAUUCGAACAGUUGCUCAAGACACUGCAAAUAAAAUCAAUAAAAAUUCGAGCAUUUUUGUAUCGGCCAUUACAACUCAUGGUGAUAGGGGCAAAAUAUAUGGUUCUGAUUCCGAGUAUCUUGAAAUUAAGGAGGUUACGGAUGCAUUUAAAACAACUAAAUGUCCAUCUUUGGCUGGGAAGCCAAAACUCUUCAUCAUCGUAGCCAGUGGAGUACGUCAAAACUUUACUGGUGGCUCAAUCCUUCCGGCAGUAGGCUUAACCAAUCCGACAGCAACUCUGGAAACAGAUUCUGGUGAUCCAAACACGCCAGUGGCAGGUGUAACAACUGAUGCACCAGCACGAUGCGAACCAGCACCAAUGAUAGGUUUGACAAAUGCAGUAAAGCCAGGUGGUGGUGAUGAUGAUGAUUAUGACCAUAUGAAUGAUUCGAUAUUUCGUGAAAAGUUGGAUCCAGAUGAACCUCACUUUCUAAUUGCAAUUUCAUUAGCACCAG